CUGGUAUCACUUGUCUUGGUGCUAAAGCUCUCAAACAGUUGUUAACGAAAAAAGAGACCUGCUUCACAACAGAGGAGCGGUGAGACUUCAUCUGUGAUUGGUGACUCCAGUGUUUGGCUGUUUCACAGGAGGCCCUGCUGGAGAUGGGGGAGCAUGCAAGACAUUAAGACAAAUGAUGACCUGAAGAUUAAAGACUAUGAUGAAUGGACACAUCAGGACACACAACCUCCUCUAGAUGAAGCAAUGAAAUCAUUUCCCUGAUCCUUUUUGUACAUGUUUAUGGUGCUUCUAUGUUUCUUUUACUUUUGGCAAACAAACAUGCCUGCAGCUCUGGAUCAUAAGUGGGGACUCCUGUUGUCAUUGACUUGUCUGGGGAGGUUUUUUUCAAAAGCCAGAGUGGUUUGCUUCCUGGUGGUCUUGACACUGACGCUUCUCAUCAUUGCUUCCUACAACCUGACGUGGGACAAGAAAAGACUUCCCUUCACCACCUCACCCGAUCAGGUCAGGCCUGGGGUCGUCCAGUCAAACACAGCAGCAGCUAAAGUUUCCUCUCAAAACAAUUUAAUAGACAUGAAACAGCUGGUGGAGAUCAUUAACUCCAAACUGGAAUACACACCCAGGAAGGUGCCUGAUGAAAAGGAUGUCAUUGAAAUGGACCCUCAUUUGUUCUCUGUAAUUCCUCGCCAUUUCCUGCCCGGUGUCAAGAGCCCCUGCUGGUAUGAGGAGAUCUCCAGUGAACGCAGCACUGAUCCAUACAGGGAUAACCGCUACUGUCUGUUUGUACAGAAGUACAAGAGUUUGUGUAACAAAAUGAGGCCAAACUUCCACGAGCACUUACAACACAGAGACGGCAAACUGUUUCGUUUGCGCUGCUUGCCGUACUUCUACAUCAUUGGCCAACCAAAGUGUGGCACAACUGACUUGUACUACAGGCUGAAAAUGCAUCCAGAGGUCCAGUACAGCAUUAUAAAAGAAUCACAGUGGUGGACCAGGAGACGCUUUGGUUAUACCCAUGUCAAAGAUGGCUUCAAGAAAAUUAUUCCUGUGGAAGAUUACCUGGAUCUGUUUGACGUGGCAGCCCAACACAUCCAAGAAGAAAUGAGUAGAAAUUCAUCUGGAGACCACCACAUGACCCAGUUCGUAACAGUUGAAGCCAGUCCAUCCACUAUGUGGGACAACCAAGUCUGGAGCUAUGUUCACAGAGACAGGAAGGAGACAGAGCCCGGUUUUCUGACCCAGGACUUCAUCCACGCACUGCAGCCUGGUGCCAAACUUAUUGUCAUCCUGAGAGAUCCAGUAGAGAGGCUUUAUUCUGACUACCUGUAUUUUAGGAUGGGCAAAGAGUCAGUAGAGGACUUCCAUCAGAAGGCCAUGAAGUCUGUCCAGUUGUUUCAAUCCUGUCUGUCUGAGCGGUCACUUCGUUCCUGUGUCCACAACAGAAGACUCCUUGAUGCCAUGCCGGUGAAGCUUCAUGCGGGGUUGUAUGUUGUCUUCUUACUGGACUGGCUGAGUGUUUUCCAUCGGGACCAGAUUCUAGUUCUACGACUGGAGGACUAUGCAGCCGACAAGAGAGCGACAUUACAGAAAGCUUUUGAUUUUCUGGGUCUAAGUCCUCUGUCAGUGGAGCUGGAGGAAGAAGUGAUGAAAAACCAUGUGGCAAACAGCCGGGGGGUGAAGGACAAGAAACUAGGUCCUAUGCUUCCAGCCACCAGAGACCUCCUCAGGGAAUUUCACCAGCCCUUCAACCGUAAACUGGCCAGUGUGUUGGACAACAGCGCCUUCCUCUGGAGUUACCCCUGAAGGGAUAUGAGUGUGAAUGGCUGUGAAUGAACACUUGAAACCCUUAAAUUCAUUAAUCCACACAUGUGGAUAAUGUUCACAUCAUUAUUGCUGACAAGACUGUGGUGAAAAUCAUGUGGUGAUGGUACUGUGAUUUGACCUUUUAUAUAGAGAAAUAUCCCCUGUCCCGUUCAUUAUUAAAUCAAAGUAAUUUACGCUUGAAACAACACAGUACUCACUUGAAAGGGGUACAUCUUAUAAUCACUGCACUUGUUUGGGCACACAGUGGAUCUGUGGAAAGUCAUCAAGGAACAUAUUGAGAGCUGAGAUAUUUAAAUACUAAUUGUUAAAACCUCUCCAACCUCAUUGAUCCAGCAGUGGGUGAGUCAGUACAAACUCAUACUGCAAACUGUUUGAACUUAAAUUCCAGAAGAGAUCUCAAAGUGGUCCUGAAACAAUUUGAUCAUUCACUUAUAUUUAUCAAGCAAACCUCUGUCUCCCCUUUCUCAAAUGUGAGGUUUUGUUGCCUUUCUGUGUUUAAUUUCAUUGUAAAUUAAAUGUCUUUGGCUUUUGGAUGGUUGGUCAUACUAAAAAUGCUGUUUGAAGAUGUUGCCUUGAAUUGUGGUUGGUUUUUGAACAUUGUUCAUUGUGGUUUAACACGUUCCCCUUUUUUUUCCAAACAUGUCUUGCUGAA